CAAUGGCUGUUCCAACUGUAUGACGACAUUGGCUCUAACAUACAAUACGUGCGUGUGAGCUACCAGUGUCGGACUCGUCCGAUUGUGGUGCAAGGUGGAUGUGAAAAUUUGUCACGCAUUUGCCACGCCAAAAACCGUUCUGGAAAUGGAUUAACAGACGGAGGACCAGGGGCGUCAACCGAUAAAUCAAGAGUCAUAGUUUUAACAUGGCAGCCCCUGAAGAUAUCCAGGUCAAAGAGCUUGACAAGCGAGCCUCUGGCCAGGCCUUUGAGGUUAUUCUUGGUGCACCUACGCCUGAUACUAAGGGUGACUUCCCCUUGGCCCCUCCAAAGAAAAAGGAUGUCUCACUGGAGGAAAUUCAGAGGAAGCUGGAUGCUGCAGAAGAACGACGCAAGAGCCACGAAGCUGAAGUUUUGAAACAUUUGGCAGAAAAACGUGAGCAUGAAAAAGAAGUGCUGCAGAAAGCUAUGGAAGAGAACAACAAUUUCAGCAAGAUGGCUGAGGAGAAACUGAAUCAAAAAAUGGAAGCCAACAAAGGGAAACGCACUGCAAUUAUGGCAGCAAUGAAUGAAAAGUUCAAGGAGAAAGACAAAAAAUUUGAGGAGGUGCGAAAAAACAAGGAAACCAAUCAAAACAACCUGGAAGAAGAUACUUCUGAAGACUGAGUGGCUCAGAAGAGUAGAACUAUAUGUGAAUGCAAUGUAAUUUCUGUAUUUGUGUAUUGUUUUUUGUCAAUUUUUAUUUUCGUCGAUGUUAGCCAGUAUUUGUGCCCUUCCCACUUGAAGUAACAAAAUAUAUCUAUAUUUUUAAUUUUCAAGAUAUAAGCGUAAUUGUGCUUAUUUUGACAAGCUAUCAACUUCAACGCCCAGUUUAGUAACGUUUUAGUAUUAAAAUGUAUUUAACAUACUUUCAUACUCAUCUUAAACCUAAUAACUCCAUGUGGUUUUGAGAAGGUUUGAAGUCUCUGUUUACUUUUUAUUAUAAAUGGUGGUAAAGUAGCACACCUUCUCAAGAAGGAAAAAUGUGUUUGACAAAGCUUGGUGCAGAUUUCUUACACCUUUUGUAGAUUCUGUAUUUUGCUAAGUAUUGGUGUAAAUUGAUGCUGUCAUGAGCAAUGAAUGCCUUAGUUGGUUGUGGAGUUUGCAUGUUCUUCAUGUGCCUGCAUGGGUUUUCUCCAGGUACUGCUGUUUCCGAGUACAUUCAAACAGCAUAUAGGUUAAUUUAAGACUCUAAAUUGUCUGAAGGAUUGAAUGGUCAUCUAUAUAGGCAACUGUGCCAUGUAUUUGGCUGGUGGCCAGUUAAGGGUCUACUCAUCCUGCCCGAAGUCAGCUAGAACAGGCUCCAACACACCCUAGUGAGGAUAACCUGUUCAGAGAAUGGACACAUGGAAGUUAAAGAGCAAUACAUCUAUCUAAAUUAUAUGAGUGACUUUUCCAUUAGUUGUGGAAUUAACUAAAGUCUGUUGACAAGUAUUUACUAGCUGCAUGUUAUCUCUGUCACACUUUUGAAAUAUACUAUUUUCACUGAUCUAUUUCCUGUUCUGUUAAUUUUCGCUAGCUUUCAGCCCUCACUUUUUUGUGUUACUAUUUUCUGUACUUCUGAAUUCAUUAUUUUUUAAUUAUUGGUGGAGAAAUUACACUUAACUCAGUAGAGAUCCAGGUAAAAUAUUAUGUACACCUAUAAAUUUAUAGUCCUUAUUGAAAUAAUGGAACAGCAGCCAUUAAUGUCUAAACCACUGGCAAUAAAAAUAAGUACACACUAAAUGAAACUGUUCAAACUGGAGUCUCAGCUGCUUUAGCAAAGCACUGGUUGUCUUGAAGGCGUUUUAGGGUCUUUAUCAGAUUGGAAUGUGACCUAAUUACAAGAUAGGGAGGGGAUCAUUAUCUGAUUCAU